UAAAUACUGGGGGGCGCGUCUGUAGAGGAAAGCGGGUUUCAAUUUCAAACCUAAAUAGUCCGGACAGCGAGCCAGCGUUUCUGCUCAGUAGUUGAUAUACCGUGCUAAGUGUGGAAAUUUACUUAGAGCAGAAACAGUUCUCGGCUGUGGUUUGUUUUCGUCGCUCUGAAUCCAAAGAAGAAGAAAAAUUCGCCCGCUGCGUCUUCGCUCCAAAUUUUCCGCGCCUGGUUUGUUUAUUUGGAUGUGUGAUCGACGCUCGGCUUUGGUUUUUGUCGCAGAAGGUGUCCGCAAAAGAUACUAAGCCACAAAAAACUACAAUAGUAUUUUUUUUAUUCAAAUACAUCUCAGAUAUUCAUCCAAAAUCAUGCCGAGGUCCAACAGGCAAAAGGAAUACAAACCCGGAGACCUAGUGUUUGCUAAAAUGAAGGGGUAUCCACACUGGCCUGCGAGGAUUGAUGAGUUACCGGAAGGAGCCGUGAAGUCGCCCUCGAACAAGUACCAAGUGUUCUUUUUCGGGACACAUGAGACGGCUUUCCUUGGGGCCAAGGAUCUCUUCCCAUAUGAGGAAUGCAAGGAGAAGUUUGGAAAACCCAAUAAGAGGAAAGGUUUUGGUGAGGGACUCUGGGAAAUCGAGAACAACCCCACUGUCACUCAUGAAGGAUAUGAGUCUGCAAAGAAGGACAACUCAUCAGAAGCUGCUGGAGACACGGGCGGCUCGGAGAAAGCCAAUGCCGAGGGCAGCAGUGACGAAGAUGAAGGGACCCUGGUCAUCGACGAGAAGAACGAGAGGGGAGGGGCUAAACGAAAAGCAGAGGAGUCCACAGAGGAAUCCCCCAAGCGGCCAAAGGAUACAGAGGCAGAAGGGAACAAGUCCAACAUGGAGGCCAAGCUUAAUGAUGUGGAUGGAAGCAAGGCAACAGCGCCUUCCUCGCAGAGCGAGUCAAAACCAGAAGGCCAGGAGAACGCUCCAGCAGAGGGUCAACUAACGGCAGAGAAGCCUGUGACAGACAGCGCUUAACAUCGACUCAGAAGAAAACCAACAACCCUCAAUGCUUUUCUCCGGAUUUCAGGCAUCAACAUCAAUACUUGUAGGAUGCCAGAUUUCAGCUGUUUUAAUUAAUGAGCAAAUUAUUGGAGGAAAAAAAAACACAAACAUGUUUGUAUUGAAAGACAAACAAACUUCCAUUUGCCACUUUGGGGAUAUUAUAUAUCCCAGAAUAAAAAACCACAAAUAAAACCUUCACUGAUCAGACUUCAAAGAAUUGAACUGAGCGUUUUCAAGCUCGUGUACAAACAGGAUUUUGGUGUUUAUAUAUUUUUUAUUUCCAAGUGCAAUUAUAAAAUUAGAAAGACUGAAUAAUAGGUGUCAAAACAUUUUUCAGUUUGAGGGAAAAAAUAAACUUAAUAUAUACUACAUUUAACACAAAAGAUCUAAAUCACGAAUAUGUCUUUGAGAAUGACUCCAGUUUAAUGGGUUUUAAAACGUAAUGUACAGAUAAAAGAGCAAAUUUUCACCAACACUCAGAUUUGAUUUGUAACCAUUUCACCCCCGUUUGUAUCAACCUGCUGUUCCGCCCUUCUUUCAGUCAUUGAAUGCAUGAUGAGUUGCACUUUCUCUCCCAAUGUUCACUCUUGACAUCUUUAGCAACACUGGUCUUGUUGCUUUGAGGUGAAAGCGUCACUGGAGGCAACCAAAGUUUGUGACUAAUUUGUACAUUUUCCCACACGUGGACAUCUUUGCUUCCAAACACAUUGAACAUGCAAACCCUGUUUAAUUUAGCCUCUUUGUCCAUACUCAGCUGAUGAUGACUGGUGUAGAAAGCAGAAAGACAUUCCUGAGGGUUGUCUCAGCUUGAUCUUGAAAUGCUAAGAGUGGAAAGUGUUCCUCACCUUCUGUGUUUAAAGUUUCUCGAUCAUCUGAAUGAAACUCAUCAAAACCAACAACUCAAAAUACGAUGUCUAGUUACAUUUCCCAAACAUGUCACUGAGAUUCAUUUCAUUCACAAAUUAGCUGCAUAGAAUCUUCUCUUUCGGAAAUGUAUCUCUGAAAUUGUAAACGCUAACAUUUGAUUAUUUUUUUUUCUCUCUCUAAGAAAUCCGAUUGUUACUAUUAGUGUGUUGAAUUUGUAAAAAAAAAAAAAAAAAAAAGUAUUGUUUCUUUUUUCACCCAACCUUUUAACUGGAAUACGAGUCAUUUUACUUCAGUGGUCUUAUUGUUUUCACUGUGAUACAAAUAGUGGAUGUGAUUGUUCUUUCAUCGCUUCGGUGUAAUUUCAUCUGUUUACCAACGCUGGCUUAGUCAUAAAAAAAGGGAAAGUUCCACAAAAAAAGUUGAUAAAAUCCUUUCCUCUACUGGAGAUUGAGUAAAUUUUGUUUGCAAGUGUAAUUUUUAUUUUAUUUUAUUUUUUGCGUUUUGCUUUUUCUGUUUUAGAUGCUGACAUUCAUCUUAAGCUGCUGCUUAGUUUGCCAUUGUAGUUGCCAGUCAAUUUAAUAAACAUGUUGAUUACCAAAAAUAAA